AUGAUGACCUCAUGCUUCUCUGGCGAGUGGGCUGUUAUUCCCGACUUAGCGUCCUCGACUGGACGACGUGCAACCGCCGCUGGUCCAAUGGUAGGCUCUGAGAGCUGGCCCGAAUCACGGUCACUUGGUCGAUCGUGUGGAAGUCUUUACAUAUUUGCCAUGUUAAACGCAUUACGGAACACCACAGAUGUAAUUCCAUCGGAGGGAGCGAUAACAUGGACCACGAGGCAGUUCGCCUGCGAAAUCUCGAACCAGCUGCUAAAUGUUACUGACACCCGAUUCGGCCACAGUCACGAGCACCAGUUCUCUGUGCAGGAUGACGAGUGGGAGGAAUUAGAAGAAGUCUCUGCACGCCAGAUGACGGAUAUACGGUUGAACCGCUCGCUGACCUUGGAGGCGAUACAACGUCAGGAAGCAACUCAUACUUUGCUUACUAUCGCCAGAGGAAGGUUUGGAGGUAGCAUGCGUGCCCUGAAGAGACAAAUCCGAGCCUCUGCAAUCCAGUACAUGAACGGUCGACCUGGUCGUGACAGCCUUGAGGGAAAUAAUUGGGCGCAUGCACGCAUCAAGCACUGCGUUGAAGAUCCAGAUAAUACUUUCUUUGACAACUGGGAGGUUAUUUGGAAUAUCCUUAGCUAUCCGCAUGUCCCAGAUACUGCUAAUGGCCCGGGAUGCAAAUUUAUUUCUGCCACCACUUACUUGACUUCGCACGACAAGGCCGCCCCCUGGACCAACCCUUCCCAACACUUUACUGCGGUACUUAUUGAGAGUGGUCUUACCAUGGUAGCCAUCAAGCUUCUGAUUAAACAUGCAGAGAAGAAGGUCAACACUACGGUGAGCGCCAAUAUUGAAUCAGUGAGAUCUAGCAUGAAAAUCAAAUUUAGUUACGGAAUAUGGUCAACAGUUCGAAAGGCCGGCCGGCGACUUUCAGUGGCCAGUACUGUUUCCAAUUCUGAAUUACGCCCCUGA